AUGGCUGACCUUGAAAUUGCAUUGAUUGCGGACUCGGAUGAAAGAAAUGCGUUAUGGGAAGAAUAUUACUUUACAAGAUGGGGAAUGUUAGCCAACAAACACCGCCAAUCCAUAAUGGAAGCAUUUUGGAAUGAUCCAGGUGUUGCUAAAAUUGAUGAACUGCUGAAAGAUAACGAAGUAUAUCGAAAAAUGAUCCAAACUAGUGGUCAAGCCGCCGCCAGCAAGGCAAUGGUGUCUGCCGUGAACCGACUUGUCGCUCAGGAAGUAGUGAAAAGUACCAUUGGAGGAGCUGUAAGAGAAGGUGGAAGAAGAGGCGCUGUUUUUGCCAUUCAAGAAACCGCCGGCCUUGCAGCCGCCCGAGGAGCAAAUGUCGCUCUUACAGGGGUCAAAGCUGCAGCUUCCCUUGGACCAGCAAUUUCCUCAGUUGUAGGAGAGCAGGUAGCUAGAUAUGCUGGAGACAAAUUAGGAGUUACUAAUCAUCAUGCUAAGAAUGCUCUUAAUGUCGGUGGUGGGAUUGUGGGAGGUGCCAUUGCUGGCGCCUUUGUGGGAGGUCCUAUUGGUGCCCUUGCAGGUGCUGGGGUUGGGGUCGUUAAUUGGGGGGUGGGAGAAGCGGUAAGUGCUCUCGCGAGGACCACUAAAGGUCCGAAAGAUAAUUGGUGUUACUGUGAAAUUGGAUCGUUGGAGGGUAGUAGAACCCAAUUAUGUUUUGGUACCUACAAUUCGGGUGACACUAUGUAUUGGAAAACUUACUGGAACGAGUACAAAAAUGAAAAUUCGAAUUGGGAGAUGAGCGCAGGACAGCGACAGGAGGGUUCCUUUCAAUUAUGCAUUUGGGUAGGGGGAAGGGUGAUCAAACAUUUGGAUGUUGUUUAUUACAGGGAUCGAAUUCGUGUCGUAAAAAAAAGAGGAACCUAUUACGUACUCCAUUGCAAAGGUCAAUUUCACCCGGACGAAGAGUCUGGUACAACAAAAAUUUACACAAAGAAGUAA